AUGACGCAAAGUUCGCAUACUCCGAGAAUAAGAUAUAGGAGAGCUAUACCAUUGUGGGAACGCAUUAUAAGUUGGCCAGGUGAUAAGAUUGCUGGACUACAAGAAGACUGGGCACUAAAAGACUGGGACAAAAUUGAACGCAAUCUUAGUUCAAAAAAAUAUCACAUGUUCGAGCGCAAAAUCAAAGAUCGGCCCGGCAGUUCAAAUGCACACUUGCAAGUAUUAGGUGGUAUUCCUCCUGCUUGGGCACUUGAAUUUCCCGGAAAUUUAUUGUAA